AUGUCAGGCAGCACGCCCUCCCUCACGCUCUCCGACUACCUGGAGAAGCAGCCUGGCACGACCUUCAGGCGGCUCUACCAGCAACCCUCGACGGCGUUUGCCAUCUUCCGCCGAAUGUUGCCGCAUCUCGCGAAGACGAUCGUCAUGGCAAUUCUGUACAUGCCUACGCCACUACUGCUCUCCGAGCUCGACGUCUGGGUCAAGCCAGACGCCAAGAAGCAGCGAGACCAGGCUCUGGGCAUUUUGCGCCGGCUGCAUAUCCUGCAAAUCACCAUUGCUGUCAAGGAUAAGCCGCAGGAGAUGACCCUCACGACAAACUUUAGGAACAGUCUGCGGAUGGCGCUGGAGGGUGGGGGAAACCACAACAGCUUCGGCGUACCGAGUACAUUACCAGUGCCCACCGACAUCACAACCGACUACUUAGACAAGUGGGCGAGGAAGAAGUGGGAGGACAUUUUACAUUAUGUGGUCAAUAGCGUGGGGAUACCGAGCUCAGACAAGGAGAGUCACGGCCCGAAAGGCGCGGUCAAGGAGCUCUUAUUCGCAGGAAGGCUAGUCGAGCAAAGACAGGGACACAUAUCAAUAACACAAUCAGGCUUCACGUUUCUGCUUCAAGAGGCAAACGCCCAAGUAUGGACGCUCUUGUUGCAGUGGUUGGAGGCGGCGGACGUGGCUGGUCGCGACUCUGGGAUGGACAGCGUCGACAUGCUCUCCUUCCUCUUCAUGCUGGCCAGUCUGGAGCUAGGGCGGGCGUACGACACCGAGGCAUUGACAGAACCUAGGCGGAACAUGUUGCCAUCUCUUGUCGACUUCGGCCUUAUAUACAUCCCGCACAAUAACCGUCGACAGUACUUCCCGACACGUCUCGCGACAACUCUCACAUCCAGCGCGUCGGCGUUGCGCAGCGUCAGCGAGGCUUUCACUGCCGCAACUGGCCCACAGUCCGACAGUCUCAUCCCUUCGUCCGCGUCUGAGCAGAAAGGUAGCAUCAUCCUCGAAACCAACUACCGGCUCUACGCCUACACCACCUCGCCCCUCCAGAUCGCCGUGCUGGCGCUUUUCACAAAUCUCAAGAUGCGCUGGACGGGCAUGGUGUCCGGCCGACUGACGCGCGACUCGAUCCGCCGGGCCAUCGGUUACGGCAUCACGUCGGACCAGAUCAUCAGCUACCUGGCGACGCAUGCGCACGAGCAGAUGCAGCGCAGCGCCGCGCUGCACGGACGACCAGUCCUACCGCCCACCGUCGUCGACCAGAUCCGCCUGUGGCAGCUGGAGAACGAGCGCAUGAAGACGACCAAGGGCUUCCUGUUCAAGGAGUUCGACAGCCAGGCCGAUUUCGACGCCUUGGCGCAGUACGCCGAGGAGAUUGGUGUCCUGGUCUGGCGGAAUAACAAGAAGCAGAUGUUCUUUGCGAGCAAGCAUGAGCAGUUGAGGGACUACCUCAAGGCGAAGAAGAAGGCGGACUGA